GCGUGUGUGUGUUUUUAGGAAAGAGAGAGGAGGGUUGGGUGGAGGAGAGCAGGGAACGGUGAGAAUUCAUGCUGUGUUAGCAUCCCCUCAGCAACUCCAUCAAUACCGCAUACAGCUGAGAAACUGGCAAAGGUCCUCCGUGCUGCGUUUUCAGGCUCGGACUGCGAAAGAGAGCAACUCCCACGACCGGUCGGCUCAGUGUGCUGCUCCUGCUGCUCCUGCUGCUGCUGAGGGGGACUCUGAGAGGGGCAGAGCGCACACACACGUACACUCACCCACACACUCACUCACUCACUGGAGCCUCUGCUGCAUCAAGAGGAAGAAGAGGAGUGCGGAGGAGGGUACGGAGGGACACGCAGACUGGGAAUACUCUAGCGGAGAGAGCCAAUCCGGAGAGGGAGAAGACUGCGAGGAGACCCGUGCUAAUAUGCUGCCGUGCUCCGCAGGGACGGCUGAGCACCAGGGACUUUGACAGGAUCUCAGUGCACCUGCUCCAUGCACGCGGAUUAUGUGGAGGAGCUGACGUGUGCGAUGGCCAGCUUGGACCUGCAGGUUCUCAGACCUCCAGCUCUGCAUUACCGUUACCUCCAAAACAAGCAGCCCAGCUCCACGAUCUGACUGUACCUCCCCUCCUCUCCUCUCCCCCUCUCCCUCCCUCUCCCUGGGUGUCCCUCAAUCCUGGGCCCACCAUGGGAGGAUGCUUCUCCAAACCCAAACCAGUUGAAGUAAAAGUGGAACUCUCUCUCCUGGAUAAAGAAAAAGAGGUGGACGGGUUGUCGCCUAAUGGCAAAGCGAGCCCCUUUGCUGAAUGCAGACCUAACGGGGCCCUGGCUCACGGCUCUGAUGAUGACUCCACCCUGCUCCCUCUCUACCACAAACCCCGGGAUUAUGUGGAGGCCUCUGUGUGCCACGUUAAAGAUCUGGAAAAUGGACAAAUGCGAGAGGUUGAUUUGGGAAGCGGCAGGGCUCUGUUGAUUAAAGAACAUGGGGAGUUCACAGCCAUGGGCCACAAGUGUCCACACUAUGGAGCACCUCUGGUUAAAGGUGUGCUGUCCAAAGGACAUGUACGCUGUCCCUGGCACGGUGCAUGUUUCAACAUUGCAACAGGAGACAUUGAGGACUUCCCUGGACUGGACAGCCUGCCCAUCUUUCAGGUCAGAGUUGAAAAGGACAAGGUGAUCAUUCGGGCAAACAAGCAGGCUCUUCAGUCACAGAAAAGGUCAAAGCCCGUGGCCCGAUGUUCAGCAGUCAUUAACUCCAACACAGGAUUCAGCCAUGUUCUCAUUAUUGGCUCAGGUCCAGCCAGUUUGGUGUGUGCAGAAACACUGAGGCAAGAGGGCUUCACGGAUCGCAUUGUCAUGUGCACUAUGGACAAACAUCCUCCAUAUGACAGGCCUAAACUGAGUAAGUCCUUAGAGAGCACGGCAGAGCAGCUGAGACUGCGCUCCAUGGACUUCUUGCAAGAUCAUGACAUUGAACUUCUCACAGAGAAAGAGGUGGUGGCAAUAGAUGUGAAAACACAAUCUGUGAUAUUUGAAGAUGGCCUGAGGAUGGAGUACAGGAAACUCUUUAUUGCUACAGGAAGCAAACCAAAACCAAUGAACUACAAGGGCAAAGAUGUCAGGAAUGUGUUUCACCUCAGGACGCCCGAGGAUGCUAACAGCAUAGCGAGGCUAGCCAACAACAAGAAUGCAGUGAUUGUGGGAACGUCAUUUGUGGGUAUGGAGGUGGCUGCAGCUCUGACUGACAAGGCCCACUCAGUCUCUGUCAUCGGGAUCGAGUCGGUCCCUUUUAAAAAAGCUCUCGGGGAGAAAGUAGGGAAAGCCAUAAUGAAGCUGUUUGAGGCAAACAGGGUGAAAUUCUACAUGCUGAACGAGGUGUCAGAGAUGGUUGGCCAUCAUGGACAGUUGAAAGAGGUUGUACUGAAGAGUGGAAAAGUCCUGCGGGCAGAUGUGUGUGUCAUUGGAGCAGGAAGCGUUCCUGCAACAGGGUUCCUGAAACAGAGCGGCAUCCACUUAGACUCCAAGGGCUUCAUUACUGUAAACAAGAAUAUGCAGACAAAUGUUGAUGGGGUCUUUGCUGGAGGAGAUGUGGUGAUGUUUCCUUUCCCACCACGCAACAACAAGAAGGUGAACAUCCCUCACUGGCAAAUGGCUCAUGUACACGGAAAGGUAGCAGCUCUUAGCAUGAUGGGCAGAGCCACUGAGAUCAAAACCGUGCCUUACUUCUGGUCAGCCAUGUUUGGGAAGACCAUACGCUAUGCAGGUUAUGGUGACGGAUUUGAUGAUGUCAUUAUACAAGGAGAUCUGGAUGAACUGCGCUUUGUAGCAUUUUAUACAAGGAGUGAGGAGGUGGUUUCUGUCGCCAGCAUGAACUAUGAUCCCAUUGUAUCCCGAGUGGCAGAGGUCCUAGGAUCCGGAAAGACGAUUAAGAAGCGAGAUGUAGAGAUGUUAACACGACUUGGCAAGACUGGAGACAUUUCUUGGUUGAUUGACAAAGGCUCUCAAUGACUUCCCAUCUGAAGUUCCCAGUCCCUUUGGACACCUCCAUAUGGACACUCAUGGUGCUGAGACACUG